AUAUAUGUCGAUAAUUAGUGAAAAUAUCUUGAUAUCCACUCUACCAAUAAUUGUACAGAGAUGUCAGAAUUCAAUAACAUAACAUCCACUGUUUCUUUUCCCUUUAAAGAUAUCAGCACCGACAGAAAUAUCAGCAACAAAUGAAAGAAAUGUUUUCUCCGAUUGCAAACUCCAACAAUGGUAUUACCAUUUUCAAAAACAAGAACAAGAAACGGCUUUUCUUGGGUCUUUUUGCAUCUGUUCUUCUUGUUGCAACCGUAAUUGGCAUUGUUGCUAGUGUAGCUUCGAGAAAGAGUUCAGUUGGCACCAUCAACAAUGGACAUGAAGCAGCUCAUGCCAUUGUCAAAUCAUCCUGCAGUUCCACAUUGUAUCCAGACCUAUGCUUCUCAACAAUCUCUGCACUACCAGCUGAUGCUACAAGCACGAUAAAGACCACAAAGGAUGUGAUCAUUUUGUCACUGAAUGUAACCGAGUCUUCUGUCUACCAAACUUACCUGAAAAUCCAAGGACUUACUUUAGCUAGGAGGAGCUACACCCCCCGUGAAGUUACUGCCCUGAAAGAUUGUCUACAAACGUUGAGUGAAACUGUGGAUGAGAUUAGAAAGGUUGUGCAGCUCCUCAAAGAAUAUCCAUCUCUGAAAAACUCUAUCUCCGAACACGCUGAUGAGCUCAAGAUACUGAUAAGUGCUGCAAUGACUAAUCAAGAAACUUGUCUUGAUGGUUUCUCUCAUGACAGAGCAGACGAAAAGGUUCGUGAAUUCUUUCUAGGCGAUGAAAGGCAUGUGCACCGCCUGUGUGGCAAUGCCUUAGCCAUGAUCAAGACCAUGACAGACACAGAUAUGGCUAACGAGCAAGCGUUAUCAUCAUCACCGUCAUCAGAAAGGAGGCUUAAAGAGGAGAACGGAAUAGAAUGGCCUGAAUGGUUGCCGGCUGGCGAUCGUAGGCUAUUGCAGGCUACAACUUUGACUCCUAAUGUUGUUGUGGCAGCUGAUGGGAGUGGAAAUUACCGGACUGUGUCGGAGGCAGUGGCGGCUGCGCCGUCAAGGAGCAGUACGAGAUACAUUAUAAGGAUUAAAGCGGGGGUUUAUAGGGAGAAUGUGGACAUUCCAUCAAGCAAGACUAACCUUAUGUUUGUGGGUGAUGGGAGGACGACCACCAUCAUUACUGGCAGUAGAAGUGUGGUCGGUGGCAGCACCACAUUCAAUUCUGCAACUGUUGCUGUUAAUGCGGACGGGUUCUUAGCCAGAGAUGUAACCUUUCAAAACACUGCUGGACCAUCGGGGCAUCAAGCUGUUGCAUUGCGCGUAAGCGCAGACCUAUCAGCAUUUUAUAGAUGUGACAUGAUAGCAUUUCAAGACACCCUUUAUGUUCAUAGACUUCGCCAAUUCUAUGUCAGCUGCAUUGUUAUUGGCACUGUGGAUUUCAUAUUCGGAAAUGCAGCCGUUGUGUUCCAAAACUGCGACAUACAUGCUCGCCGCCCCAAUCCAGGACAAAGGAACAUGGUCACCGCACAAGGACGCGAAGACCCUAAUCAGAAUACAGGCAUAGUUAUCCAAAAAUGCAGGAUAGGAGCAACUCAGGAUUUAGAAGCUGCAAAAAACAGUUUCCAGAGUUAUUUAGGCAGACCAUGGAAGCUGUAUUCGAGGACUGUCAUAAUGCAGUCUCAGAUAAGUGAUAUCAUUCAUCCAGCUGGGUGGUUUAUGUGGGAUGGAACUUUUGCACUGGAUACAUUGACCUAUAGAGAAUAUCAGAAUACAGGACCAGGAGCUAACACUGCAAAUAGGGUGACUUGGAUGGGAUACAAGGUGAUGACUAGUGCAUCUGAGGCACUCCCAUAUACUGCUGGAAAUUUCAUUUCAGGGGGUAAUUGGUUAUCUUCUACUGGCUUUCCAUUCUCUCUUGGUCUAUAAUUUCUUAGUCGAAUAUGCUUAUGUGAACUGAUUCUCUGGGAACGUCUACAGUAUGCCCUCAUAUAAGUUCUUGCUGGCAUGUAAUUCAUUUUCUACCUUGUGAAGUUAUGAGUAAUGAAUAAGAAAUGACCAAGAAAAAUUUGAUUAGUAAAAUCAAAAGUUCUUUUUUUUUUAA